AUGUCUAACAAUACAAACACAACAACACCACCUCCGACAACAUCAAAACCCACCAGCACUACCACCGCAUCGUCAGCCGCGAGAACACACACAAUCAAAGUUGGUCCCAAGGAGGCUCCGCAUGAAUAUAUUCCCCAUGAAGUGGACGCCAAUGUCGGCGACUUGAUCGUCUUUGAAUUCCACCCGCGCAACCACUCCGUUGUCCAGGCUGACUGGAGAGCUCCAUGUGUGCCUGCUGACGGCGACUAUUUCUUCUCUGGCAUUAAGAAUGACUUCAACGAGGUAAAUGGGCAGGUUUCGGGCGCGUUGCCCACUUGGAAUUGGACGGUCCCACGACCAGAGCCGAUAUUCUUCUACUGUACUGCCAUAGAUUCAUGCAAAAUAAAUGGCAUGGUCGGCGUCAUCAACCCGACCACGCAGAAGAGCUAUCAGGCCCAGAGAAGAGCCGCCCUCGAUUCCCCUUACAUGCUCGUCCCGGGCGAAUCCAUGCCAGCAGAAGGCGACUCCGGCACAACCGCCACACAUAACCCAUCCGAAACCCCAUCAAACGCACACGCCGCAUCCUCCCACAAACUCGGCGGGGGCGCAAUAGCAGGUAUCGCCAUUGGAAUCGUGGCCUUUGUAGCAGUGCUCUGCGCUCUCAUCUACCUCUUCGCCCGAAACCAAGCUUACAGGAAAUUCUUCUCCCACUCCCAUGAAGGUGCCUCCACAAGCGACGCCCGCACUGCGCAAUGGGCACUCUCCACCUCCGCAGCCACUACCGGGGCCGGUGCUGGUGCUGGUACUGGGAAGAGCGAGGUUGAUACUACUACUAGUAGCAUCGGUAUCCCGCAAAACCUGAGUAACAGCGUGCGUGGGGCUUCGCCUGUCAAUGACCCUGGUUUGUUUGGACCAGGACCAAUGGCAGGACCGGUAUUUGCCCCGAUGGACCAGAAUAUAGCCCAGACGCAAAGUGGGGGUUAUCCACCUCAUCAUGAGGGUGGGUAUGGAACUCCGAGUCCGCUGGGUUCGCAGAGGCAGCAUAGCCCACAACUACCGCCUGGGCAGCAGCAGCCCUAUUGGAUAUGGGAUCAGAGUAUCCAGCCCCGCCAUCCGGCUGGGAGGACGGGAGGACCAACGGAGUUGGAGGCGGAGACACCGAAGUGA